UCUGUCGAAAUGGCCACAGCUAGCAAAUUGUUCCGAAGAUAUUUAAAUAAAUCUAAUACUUUACGCCAAUUUAGUAAAAUAAGUGUUCAAUCAGUAAAUAAAAAUUAUCCAUUAACUGCAAUAUGUAUUCUGGGAGGAUCAGUAGCUUUGUACACAGUUCAUAAGAUCCGAUCGAUUCAAAAGGUCCAUGCAGCACAGUCAAAAAAUGAUGAGGAUGUAAAAGUUGUAAAACUAACAUCAAGGGAAAAAAGGUUUAUAAGGUUUGCAUCUGUCGAAUAUGAUGGCCAAUUAUACAUGACACCUCAAGACUUCCUGGAAUCAGUUGUUGAGGCAGAACCUAGACCUAGAUUAAAACGAAAGGUAUUAACUCUUAAGGAAUUAGAAAAAAUCAAAGAUGCCACCCCACCUCUAAACCAAGGAUCUCCUAGACUAUUUAGAAGUUUAAGAGAUAAAGGGAUUAUUUCAUAUACUGAAUAUUUAUUUUUACUGUCAGUCCUGACAAAGCCUCAGUCUGGUUUUCGAAUUGCAUUUAAUAUGUUCGAUACUGAUGGUAACGAAAGAGUUGAUAAAAAUGAAUUUUUGGUGAUACGAAAAUUAUUGGCAGGCAAAAAAACCGAAGAUGAUAUUCCAAUGGAAAAAAUCUUUAGCCAUGCUUGGAAAGGCAAAAGAGGUUUGUCAAAUGAAGACAUCGAGAAAGUAGCAUCUAUUCAAGAACAAUAUGUAGACGAUGAACAAGGUUUGCAACGUAAACAUGUUGUGGACACUACGCUUAUUGUCCAUUUUUUUGGACCUAAAGGAAACAGUGACCUUAACUUUGAAAGCUUUAAGAAAUUUAUGCUUCAUCUUCAGACUGAAGUAUUGGAAUUAGAGUUUAACGAGUUUUCAAAAGGGCUUCCGACAAUUUCAGAAGUAGACUUUGCAAAAAUAUUAUUGAGAUAUACGUAUUUAGAUACUGAUGAAUAUGAUAUGUAUUUAGAUAGGCUUUUAGACCGAAUUAAAGACUCCAAAGGUAUUUCAUUUGAAGAAUUUCAUGUUUUCUGCCAGUUUCUCAAUAAUUUAGAAGAUUUUAGUAUUGCCAUGCGGAUGUAUACUCUUGCAGAUCAUCCAAUUUCCAAAGAUGAAUUUCAUAGGGCUGUGAAAAUAUGUACUGGUACAAAUCUAAGUCCUCAUUUAGUUCACACAGUAUUUUCCAUUUUUGACGAAGAUGGAGACGGUUUGCUGAGUUACCGAGAAUUUAUUGCCAUUAUGAAAGACCGACUACAUAGAGGAUUUAAAUCUUAUGCCAAAAAUGAAGGUUGGGAAGCAUUCAAGACUUGCAUAAAACAAGAAAUGAAAACUCCAUCAUAGUAGUACACAUUUUUAUCUACCUCAUUGCAUUGCAUACCAUUUGUGAUAUAUAUUUUUACUAAAACUGUGUUGAUACCUGCUUUAUAUUACUGUUACCUGUAUUGUGUUGUGCAUUAGACUAGUCAUUAUUGAAUUUGCCAAAUGUAUUAACAAUGUAAUGUUAUAUUUAUGUAAUUUAAUUGGAAUGUUUAAUGUUUGUUAUAGUCUAGUCAAGUUAAUAGUCAGUAUUGUUAAUUUCCUACCAAUAAAUUUUUGA